UCUUUUUGAAGCCAAAUUAUAAAUUAUGAUGAUGAUGCUGUAGAAGGAAUUGAAAUUGAGAUAUAAAAGAGAGGAUAGGCUAAAAAUUUAUAAAACUCCAUCCUCUCUGUUUGUUUGGAAUUAUAAGAAAAAAAAGGUGAAAAUGGUUGGAACGAUGAAUUCGGGGAUGAUGGAAGAUGUGGCUGUAAUUGGAGGGUUAAUUGGGGUACAAUUUUUUUAUGCUGGAAAUGCUAUGCUUAUGAGUUAUAUUAUGUCUUUGGGUCUCACAUCUUUUACCAUUGUCAUUUUCUCUUCCUUCGCUACAUUUCUUAUUCUCUUUCCCUUUGUCCUUUAUUAUGAAAGGAGUAAAUGGCCUAAGAAAUUUAGUUUCAAGUUGUUUUCACAGUUUCUUCUCCUUGCUCUUGGAGGUGUAACUGUGUUCCAGUCUUUAUUCCUUAAAGGAAUCAAUCUAACCUCACCAGCAAUGGGUACAGCCAUGCCAAACCUUGCCCCAGGAUUUAUCUUCGUCAUUGCAUGGAUGUUUCGGUUGGAAAAAGUGGACUUAAGCUGCACAUAUAGUAGAGUAAAAAUAAUUGGCACAUUGCUUUGUGUCUUAGGGGCUUUCACAAUGAGCUUGAUGCAAAGCAUCUCUGCUCCUGCAUCAGUAAAAGAAAAAAAUAUUCAUUUAUCAAUUCCACCACCACCAUCAGUUAUAAUGUUUGACAGAGACAAGAUAAUCGGUUGUCUCUAUCUCUUGGCUUCAAUCCUUGUUCUCUCAAGCACAGUUGUUCUACAGGCUUUUACUCUAGGAGAAUUUCCUGCACCAAUGUCUGUGUGUGCAAUAACUUCAUUUUUGGGGGGAUUCAUCACUGCAGCAGCUCAAUUACUUGAAUAUCAUAAGAUCAAUACUGGUUGGCCACUUGUUAGUGUUGGUGACAUGAUUGGCUAUUCUCUUCUGUCAGGUGCAGUGACUGGAAUAUGCUUAAGCUUCAGUGCUUGGGCACUUGAGAAGAGAGGUCCAGUGUUCGUAUCCAUGUUCAGCCCUGUUGGCACAGUUUGCUCUGUCAUUUUCUCAAUUGUUACUCUAGGAGAUAGUACCGUUAAUAUUGGAAGCAUAGUGGGUAUGUUCCUCAUGUUCACUGGGCUCUACUUUGUGCUUUGGGCCAAAGGGAAAGAAGAUGUCUUGGACAGUGAGUUUGAUGCAGAGAAGCCUCUUUUAAGUUGAUUUCUUUCCAAAUUUUCAAAACGACUAAUGUGGUAAAAAACAACAAGUGGACCAUAGUAGCUAAGUCACUUAUUUUCAUGGUCAAUGCACAGGACAAAUAGUUUUGAGCGAGAGAUGCGGGAAGUGUUAGAGGGUGAUAGUGGAACUCAAGGAAAAUAAUAACGAAGAGAAGAAAAAAGCUCAGUACUUUUUAUCUUAUAGCUAGACAAUAUUUUGCUCAGUCAAUAAAAUAUUCACCUCAG